AGUUCAUUAUCAAGUUCGCACCUUAGUGGUUGUCCACAAUGCUUGGGUCCACGAAAAUUAUUUUGUGCGCAUUUGCUUUGCUGUAUCCUUACGGAUCCUUGAUCGAAGCCCAGGAUGGCAGGGGCUACGUGUGCCUGUUAACCGAUCCUGCGAACCAGUGCAGUGCAUACUGUGUGUCCGCACUGCAGCCGGUCAUCGAUCAUCUCUCGCAGGAGCAACAGGAUCGGGGAACCUGCGAAGUGAAACUAAAUGAAACUGUGGCGAAACUGGAUCAGAUAGGAGACCAGUUGACGGCGACACAAAUUCAAAUAGAAAUCCAUAACGCACUCCUUGUGAGCAAUCUUACGAAGGCAAUCCCCCAGGAUCUUGAGCAAAGACUGAAGGGCAUAGAAGGCAACCAGUCAGCGCUAAGUAGUCAGUUGAAAGAUGGACAGAAGAGCACGGCAAGCCAGUUGACAGCCAUUCAGAAGACUCUCUCCGAGAUCGAAAGGAAACUCGUGCUGCAGAGGUACCAACAGAUAGGAUCAAGGUAUUUCUACAUCGAACACAAUUUAGUGGUGAACUGGAGGACCGCCGAGCAGAUGUGCAUUGACAUGGGCGGCCACCUCGCAGCCUUCCAAAAUGAGCAGGAGUACAAUGCCAUAGCGGGCCAAUUGAACAAGGCGAACUACUGGCUGGGAGUCAACGAUCUGGCCAAACAGGGCGAGUUUAUAUCCCUGGCCUCCGGCAAACGAGCCACCUACUUCAGGUGGCGCAAAAAUGAACCCAAGUAUAACAAUCCCACCCAGCACUGCGCUUACGUUUUUGGACACGAAAACGUAAUGAUUGUUCUAUCCUGCACCACUGACCUUAUGCAUUUCAUUUGCCAAUCGGACAGUAAUGUCUAAUUAUUAAGUAUUAAAUUUACACAUGUAUAAAUAAAUAAUCCCAUUAAGACAUAAA